ACAAUGCGGUAACAUGAAAACACGCCAAGCUCGCUGCGCUCGUGUCGUGUGAAAACGCUGCGCUUUAGCUGACUACUGACUACCCUCCCACUCCCCUCGCCUUGCCUCGCCUCGCCGCCAAGAUUCGCCCCGCACACCGCGCCAUGGCCAGAUCGCCGGAGCCACUGCGGUACUACGCCGCCGCGGGCGCCGGGCCCGCCUAUCGCCCGGCGUCCUCGUCGUCCUCCGUGGUGGCGUCCUGCGCCGUGGCGGCGCUGUUCAUCCUGCUGGCGGUGGGUGGGGCAGCGGCGGCGCUGUUCCUGCUCUACCGGCCGCAGGCGCCGGCCAUCGCCGUGACGGCGGUGCAGCUCCCGUCGUUCGCCACGGCGAACGGCACCGUCGCCUUCACGUUCCAGCAGCUGGCCUCCGUCCGCAACCCCAACCGCUCGCCGCUCGCGCACUACGACAGCUCCCUCCGCGUCGCCUACGCCGGCGGGGAGGUCGGCUCGAUGUACAUCCCCGCGGGGCAGAUCGACGGCGGCCGCACGCAGUACAUGGCCACCAGCUUUACCGUCCCGGCCUUCGCCGUCGCCUCCUCCUCUUCCUCCGCGGCUUCCUCCUCCCCGGCGCAGACCAUCACCGUCCCCGCCUCCGGCCCAUCCCCAGCGGCGGUCGGCGCGCUGGCGCUGCAGCAACAGCAGCCGCAGCCGCAGCCUCUGCCGCAGCAGGCGGUGGCCCCGCCGGUGAUGGAGGUGGACUCGCUGCUUGUGGUGAAAGGGAAGGUGACCAUCCUCCGGGUGUUCACCCACCACGUCGUCGCCGCCAAGGUGUGCCGCAUCGGCGUCUCGCCGGCGGACGGCCGCGUGCUCGGCUUCCGGUGCUGACCAGGCCCAAGAUCUGACUCCCUGCAAUGGCCCUUGUCUUGGUGAUGCCCUCCCAAUUUAUUGAAUGGAUUCCCGUCAAAUUUGUAAGAUAAGUUUGUCUGAUUUGUAAUUUAGAAUUUUUUUCCUGUGGUUUCUGGAUAGUGUAACUUCUCUGAAUUUUUAUCAUCUUUGCUAGAUUUCUGCAGUCUUGUUGUAAUCUUAAUAGAUUUCUAGGUGUUUUCAGAGUCCAGGCCAAAGAAAGAUUUGGUUCUUGAGAUGUUCAAUUGGACAAUUUGUUCUGCUAAGCAAGCACAGUGAGGAAAUUACAGCAAAUAAAUUACUUAUGUACUAUCAAAAUUCUGUUUUUCAUUUGCCGUGUAUUCCCAUUCUUGCCUAAUAACUGACAUUUGCAUCAGAAUCAGUUCCACUUAGAUGCCUGUGAAUGCAACUUGAAAUAUUCUCACAAAUGCAAGUUGAAAUGUUCUUCAGAGGGAGCAUAUUCUCCAGAUUGAGCUGACAUUUAUGGGACAAGAUUGGACAUUUACCCAUGUCUUGCGGCAGUUUGCUGUAAUUUACUGUAGCCUGAAGUGUUUGGUGAGCAUAAUUGUU